CGCGAAACAUUCGCUUAUAAUUCGAGAGAAACGAAGAAAAAAGUCUAAACGUUCAAGUUUCAAAGCUUUAGAAACACUCAUUCUAGGUAGUUUCGAUACAGGCGUCACGUGACGAUGACGUACUUCCGGUCCAACAGGCAGUCGAGCUGUGGGCGUUUUGUAAUUAGUGGUUUUGAUAUAAAUUUAAUGCACUGUUUCGUCACAGGUUAGCGAACAAUGGUAUAUAGUGACGUAAGAAUGACCAGCAUUGUGUCGUCGUUGUUGAAAUAUUAAUGUCAAUAUUGGGUUGGGCGAGUCAGUAAUAUGAGGUAUUGGGGUAACUAUGUAAGAUAUAGAACGAAAGAAGCGUUUGUUGUUGCUGCUGUAUUUUUCUCGUCGGCAUGUUUGUUACAAAUGUUUCAUGUUCCACCGUUACCGUCUAACGAAACGAACGGCCAAAGCCAUUCAAGGAUCAAAAUCAGAUCUAUUGACGAUGAUGUCACUAAUGAUGACGUCAUAUUAAAGUUUGAGAAGCCAGUUAAUGUAGCCGACCCGAAACCAACGCCUGUGAAAGUUAGAGGCUUGCAGAAUCUACCCAAGGAAUUUAAAGUUGAUUUAAAAGAAGAACGAGCGUUGUUCAAAUAUUGCAUUGAACCGGAUCGCGUUGUCGGGACAAACGGACUUUUGAACGCACGAAGAUUUCAAGGCCACACAUGGUCGGGUCCUUAUAUGAGCGGUGCUGUUGUUUAUUUAGUUGCGUCGAAAAUACAACAUAUAGAUCGACGAUCGUUGCUACGGGAAACAUGGGGCUCGAUUCGCGAUCUAGAAGGACGCAAAAUCGAGUUGGUGUUUAUCAUCGGAACGAACAAUGGACGACAAUCGGGUAUUAUGACGUCAGAUAUAGCGACGGAGAAUAGCGUACAUAACGAUAUUUUGCAAUUCGCUGGCGACGACAACUCGGCAACGAACGUGAGGCUUGCGGCGUUACAAUGGGCGGGCAACUCCCUUCCCGGAGAUUUCUACGUUGCUCUAACCGAUGAUGACGUCAUAGUGAAUCUACCCUACGUCAUGGAUUACGUCACAGCAGAAUCUCCACCGGUGGUUCCCCCUGCGUCGGUGAUUAUGACGUCAAUAGAGGGCGGCGGUUCAAUUGUGUCGUCACAAUCCCAACGUAUGUUCUGCUUGGAUGGUUACGAAGAAUCUGAGCUAACGAAGCGUGACGGUCAUGAUUCAGUGAACAUGAGUGUUUACUCAUCCAUGAAGUACCCCCCAUAUUGCCCCGGGGAGCUCGUUGUAAUGCCGGUGUCACUUGCGCAAGAUAUAUCUAAUGUUGCACGAGUGACCCAACCCACCCUACCCCACCAGCUCCACCAAGUGUUUAUAACCGGGAUAUUACGUCGUAAACUUAACAGGGGUGAUGAUAACAUUGUUGCUGCUGGUAGACAAGGGGGGUACUGCAUCAAGUACCACCCUAGCAAGGUAACGGACGCUAAGAUAUUAUGGCAAAGUUGGUACGACGGUAUGCGACAUAGACAUCAUAUUUAUUCAAUAUCGGCUAUAAGAUGAAGGCACUUGUUACAACACUGCAUGGUGUAUGAUGUCAUAAUAUGGUAUUAUGACAUCAUAAGUUCAUUCUAGCGUGACGUCUUUCACAUCGUGGGCAGUGAUCCGUAAAACAACGCUGAAAAGAUAUGUUAUUAUGACAUCAUAGACCACAUUAUGACAUCACACCUACCUUAUGAUAAACACUUUUACAUUCUUCACAUGUCAUUGUGAUGUCAUCAAAUGCAAAUAUCACCUGACAAUAUAUCUCUGUGAUGUCAUAAUACAACCAGUGUUAUGUUAUUGUUACCUCAUCUUUUGUGCAAAUCUCACAAACGAAACCUUUAGCUGUGCAAAGUUGGCAUUGGCGGACAUGUUUGGUCCCAAAUAAAACAACUUUAUUAAUUGAA